GCGCAGUGCUGUCAAGCUUAAAACAUUGAAGAGCUUUACUUAAAGACCAAUACAGGUUUAAGGGACAUUCCUACAAGUAUUUUGUUUAAUUAGUAAAAGACAAGGCAAUAUGCAGGCUUUUAGAAACUGCGGUUUGUGUGCUAGUGGCAGUCUUCUUAAAGGCCGGACCGACUUCCUGGUCGCCCGGAGAAACAUGGCAGUCCUGCGACUGAGUGCUGCAUGCGUUCAACUUCUCAAGGACAAGGCCAGUGUGUUCUGCAGGAGUCCCGUACACCAGCGUCUCCUGCGCCUGCCGGAGGUCGCCCGAUCCAACAGAGUCGCGUUCAGUCUCGCCAGCAGCCUCUGUGCGGUUCCUUUUACACAGCAGGUUGAAAACCUUUCACAUGAAUCCCUGAUUCGUCGGGCCUCAUGUCUGGUCACAGACAGUGCCAACACGUACCUCUCUCAGACCACGCUGGCUCUUGUGGAUGCCCUCACACAGUAUGCCAAGGCAGUACACACACUCAUUGCCCUGCAGAAGCGAUAUAUAACCGCAAUAGGAAAACAGACCCCUGCUGAAGAGGACAGCAUUUGGCAGGUGAUCAUUGGACAGCGAGUGGAGGUUAGUGAUAGAUUGGAAGCAUGCAAACGCUUUGAGUCAAACUGGAUGAAUGCCAUCAACAUCUGUGAGUUGUCAGCAGAUGCAGCCUACAAUUCGGGAGCAGAGCAUGCAUGCACUGCAACAAAGACUAAUCUGCAGGUGGCACAGUGCAAAGUGGAAGAGCUUAGAAAGAUCUCAAAAGAAGCAGAGAAAAAACUGGCCGAAACGAAAGCAGAAGAAAUCCAGAGAAUGGCAGAGUAUGCCUCCAGCAUUGCCAUUCAUGAUCUGGAAGAUAUUCCAGAGGCCUACCUUCGUGAGGACUAGAAAAAAAUUGACAUUUGUGACAUUGGUAUUCUGUAGCCAGCAGUGAAUCACUCAGUGGGAAUGACUGAAUGAUCAAGAAUGCACCUUUAUAUAUAUUUGCAAUCAGUAUUGGUUAUUGAAUUAAAAGUAGGCCUCCUUUUGAAGGCCUCAUUAAAUCAAUAUGGUUAAUGUUCAUAAUGAUAGAGCAAGUAAAAGUCCAAAAACAUAAAACAACUGUAUUAAGUGUUAAAGUGAUGAAUGCAGCUUGAAAGAUCAUGCAUAUAAAAUGCAUGUAGAGCAGAAGCCUGCAAAGAAAUUACUUUGAAAGUAACAAUGAUUUAGUAUUUGUAUAUAUGUAUAUAUUUUUCAUAUUGUUUGUUUAUUUUUUAGUGCAAUUAAAUGUGUUGAUGCAACAAUGAAAUCAUAUCACAUGUUGUGAUAUUGCAGUGCAUACAAAGUUGCAGUCAAUCUGUUUUAUAUUUCUAGAGAUCAACUGUUAUUUAUUAUUAUAAUAAAUGGAAAAUUUAUGUAGAACAGUUUUUGCAAAAUGUGUGAAUUCCAAUAAAUUAUUUUCUUGAACUGAA